UACAAACACUGAGAACCCCAAACUUUUCAGUGUCAACGAAACUGUCUGUUUCCUACGCCUUCUCACACCAACGAAGACAGCAGCAAUUUUCUGUGCAGUAUCCAGGGGUAGUGUACCUAAGUUUGAGCUAACAUCCCCUUUUUUUGCUUCUCUAGUGCACAGGCCCAAAGACAAAGGAAAAAGAAAGAAGAUGAUAACCAUAAUUUUCUUGACGUUAGUCUGCCUGAGCCUUGCCAACAACGCGUAUACAGCAGAGAGUCGCCUUCAGAUCUUUGCCAGUCCAGGUGAGAAUGUUAGCUUGCCCUGCCACCUGAACCCUACUGAUACCUUCACUUUUGGUGGGCUCGGAAACAGGAUCAAAUGGACCAAGCUUAAGGAUGCUGACGACGAAACUGAUGUGCUGAUUCGUAUGGGUUUCCACAAGGUCACACAUGGCGGCUUCCAAAACCGUGUUCAUCUGCAGGAGGCUGAUGAAAAUGAUGCCACCCUGAUUAUUAAAAACGUCAACCUGGAUGAUUUUGGCACAUACAAGUGCGAGAUCAUCAAUGGCAUGGAUGACAUCAUUCUUGAGAUGGAGCUUCGAAUGCGUGGGGUUGUAUUCCCAUACUCACCACACUUGGGCCGUUACAACCUGAACUUCCAUGAUGCUGAGGCAGCCUGCUGGGGGCAGGAUGCGGUGGUGGCAUCAUUUGCACAGCUCUACCAGGCCUGGAAAGGUGGACUGGACUGGUGCAAUGCUGGCUGGCUGAGUGAUGGAACCGUACAGUACCCUAUCACCAAACCCAGACAGCCAUGUGGGGGCAAUGUUGCUGCUGGACUCAGGAAUUACGGCCGUCGUAACAAAACCAACAGCCGCUUUGAUGUUUUCUGCUACACCGCUGGAUACAAUGGAAAUGUGUUCUUCGUGAAUCAGAAACUGACCUACCUUGAGGCUGUGCAGGCCUGUGAGGAUGAUAAAGCUGAGCUGGCAAAAGUAGGGCACAUAUUUGCUGCCUGGAAGCUGCAGGGGUAUGACCACUGUGAUGCUGGCUGGUUGGCUGAUGGUAGUGUGAGAUACCCCAUCUCCAAGCCCAGGAUGAAGUGCAGCCCCACAGAAGCCGCUGUCCGUUCAGUUGGAUUUCCUGACAAGAAGCACAAGCUCUACGGUGCCUACUGCUACAGAGCUAACCAGUAAUAUGCAACACCUUAUCUAAGCUCGCACACCAACCAAAGAGCUGUAACACACAAGCAUUGAAUCAUACAGCAUGCUGAGUUAUCAUGAGAAAACAUUGAAACUGUGAUUUUUAAAAAAAAAAAAAUAGUACAUCCUGAAAUUUUUUAUACUGUACAUUCCAAAUACAUAUUGCAAAUGGUACAAUUAUUCAUUCAUUCAUUCAUUCAUUCAUUCAUUCAUUCAUAGUUUUGCUCAAAUAUUUUCUUCCCUUGCACCAAAUCUUGUGAUACCACAGCUAGUACUUAGUAGUAAUUUCAAUCUAUAAAAAAAAAUGUGACAUGCUGCUGGAGACGCAAUGCAGUUUUGGUCAUUGCAGAAAGCUGCAAAUGCAGUUAUAGUCGAUCCAGAUGCAGAUUAAAUCUUUAAUAGGACCCAGUUGCUUAUUAGCGACUGCAUUUUAAAUGACUAAUCUAAGCCUUGCACUUGCAUAAUUGUGAGUGCCAACAAAGCAUUGUUUCAUGGGUUGGAUUUAUUAAAGAACACCAAUUUCUUAUAUGUUUAUGGACUAAGCUACAAUGACUUGCCACUGAAAGCAGAUCUCAUAUUCUGUAUUUCAAACAUGGGUUUGUUUAUAUGAUUAGGAAGAAAAUUCCACGUAUUAUUCCUCUUUGUACUACAAAGCCACAAUAUAGGCACAUUAUGUACUUUUUUUUUUUAAACUAAAAUGCAGUGUAUUGUUUUUACAUCAAUUUUCCAAAUGGAAAAUAAAACCUCACAAAAUUUAAA